AUGACUGAAAAGGUGCGGAAAGACGCUCGUGGGUGGCCCAUGAACAUCCUGCAUGACUGGGCGAUUCUGAACAGGAUCGUGGAGCGCUUCGAGGCUGCGCUGCCGAAGCGAUGGCUGAAAAGAACGCGCGAGUGGCGUAAGAAGGUCCUUUUGACGGUUUAUAUGGCGGCUGUUCACCGACCGGAUAUUGAUGCGUUUAGCAAAAACCAGCCGGGAAAUCCCUAUUACAGGGAUGGAUUCAUGUGGCUAUAUAUCAACUUGGAGGACUUGUUGAAUCCCAAGAUGCUGCUGAUUUAUCUUAAUUCUCGUGGUCGCCAUUCCCCGCAUACAUUCAUCUCGACCGACUGGGCUUCGAUGAGGCUGGGGGAGGUUACAGGAAACCUCAGACCGGCUUUCCUAAACGAGCACAUUAUGAUGUUCGACGGGGAUAUGACGCCGGAAAAGUACGCAAAGCUCGUUCACUGGGACGAGGACGAGCGUGCGUUCGACUGGAUGACGACCCAGCGUGGAAUUCUGCCUGGCCACGCUCUUCUGGCCCUGGAAAUUCAGCAGGGAAUCUACAGAUUUCUGCUCGAAUGUUGUUACGCGUUGCUGGUUGAUAUUCCGCGUGAGAGACUCAUAGAAGGGGACAUGCCCAUUCAACCCGAGCCUCCAGCUCUGUCAACAUCCGAAACAGGCAUGAACUUGCUAACUGUCGUGGCGGGCGAAGCUCCCUAUCGAAUUCCUGGAAGCUUGAAUCUCAGCCGUCUGCAAGGCAUCGUCGCCGCAAAGCGCUCUGCAGCAGAGGAUCAUAUCUGGUCGUUGAGAGAAGACCCAGGUUACUUUGCAGAAGUUGUGCUCGACAGGAAGGAGCACCGACCAGAAAUCGUCCCAGACUUCGAGGGCAGUCUACACCCAUCAGUCAGACUGGCGGGAGGCAAGGGGAUGUGGAACAAAGUCCUCAACACCGUGGUUUCGGACGCCUAUUUUGCUCUUGGUCUUUGGGAUGAAGUGCAGCUUCAGCUGAACUCCUUGGAGUCAUUGUACGCGAAAUACGCAAAGGACCUGCGACCGGAACAAGACCUGCCCAAAGACUUGGAGUGGACGUUUUGCAAAUUCAGCUGGCUCCUCGAACAUAUGGUGCGAGGACCUCUCAUCAAUCUUCAAGUAGGUGUGCCUGCGUCUCCAAUGCGCCGAUUCUUUGUGCGAGCUCCACCGCAACAUGGGCGCAAUAACAUUCGUACAAUGUCGAGGGAAAGCUUAGUGGCCGACAAAAAGCGAAGCCACUUUUCUUGGAUGCUGAACACGAUAUGGGGUGAGCAGGAGAGGUUUCUUUUCGGUCUACCCAACAUAAUGGACGAGAUGGAGCGACUCAUCGAGACGGAGAAAUCCAUAAAGGACCUCAUUUCCCCGUGGGUGAUGAGCACGAUUUCAGACCUAUCAGUCUUGUCCGAGUGCCAGCGCCAGAUUUCCUAUUUCCAACCCUGGGCCGCCACUUUUGAGACGACAAUAAACGACAAACGGGAUGAAAUCAAGGAGGACUACGUGAAAAAUGUGGAUAGAUGGUCUGAAUUCGACAGAGAGAUGGAAGACGUUCAAAUCUCCGACGAGGGGACACCGACAGAUGGCCGGUUCUUCUAUCCGAUUGACAAACGCCGGACGCAGGAAACGACGGUCGCGAUGCAGCGAGCAGAAGCAAGUCUCGACGCUUUUUGGAAAAAGGUCGACUCCUCGUUCAUUAACAAGAAUGGCAUUUCUCAGCAUAGCGCAAUUCGGCAUUUGCUUUUGAAAGACCGUAUAAUGCACCGGACUCCUGACUGGGUUGAACCGAGCAAAGAUAAGUCGGCCACCGCAACUACUACCAUGGACGAUCUUUGCCUUCCCUUGUCCGAACUGUACUUCGACCUGGAGCAACGGACGCAGCGCACAAUCCGAUCGGAUGAAAAAGGCGGCCCGUCCCGAGUCAAAGUGAAGACCCGCGGUACUGCCGCACCAUCGCGAGAACAACCACAGCCCACCAGCAACCACGGACCCGAUGUCCAGCCCACGAUGGCAGUUGAUAGGCGUGCUCACAAGGUCUUCUCAGCUUUGUUCUAUACGCCGUCUCGGACUUCGCAGCCGGGUGAAGUUUCUUGGACCGAUUUGUUGCACGCAAUGGGAUCGACUGGUUUCUUGGUGGAAAAGCUGUAUGGAUCAGUUUGGCAAUUCAGUCCGCAGAAUUUGGAUGUUGAAAGAAGCAUCCAGUUCCACGAGUCUCAUCCUAGUGGGAAGAUUCCUUUCCGCACAGCUCGACGACACGGUCGACGUCUCAAUCGUGCGUAUGGAUGGCAUUCAGCCAUGUUCAAGCUCGAUGGCUAG